AUGCCCUUACUCGCCAACAUUAUUGGCUUCUCAUUCUUUGGCCUCGCUGCUAGAAUAGGUCAACUGAGCAUACAAAGAAGAAACCUAUUCUCCAACCCAGGAGGCCACCUGCUAUCCAUGGGUGCAUUCGGAUUUGUCGGCUAUUGGGCUUAUAAAUGGGAGGUCUACUCUACCGCUCUGCUUGUGGAGAAGCGACAAGCAAUUGCAGAGGGACGAUUAAAGGCGUUGAGGGAAACGGACGAGGCUGCAGGUGGUGCCAUUCUGGGAGACCGAUCGCCCGAAGUCUUAUGCGAGUCGUCGCUUUCCUAUGAGACACCAUACAAUCCUUUACUCAAACGCGACCUCGAUUUCCAGGAUCGCAGCGACAUUCAGAGGAAUACUACCCCGACGACCGCGGACUAUAUGUCGCAUGGCGGAAAACAGAUCGUUCAAGUUCUUGAAACGGCGGCUGGUUUAAUCCCAGUCCCUUUUCUUCAAGAGGCUAUCCGCAUAGCUCUCAGGGUUAUUGAAGCGUGUGAAGAGGUGAUAGUCAUUGAACAGCGUGUGCAAGAGUUGCAAGACCGUGUCAGCCAGCUUAUGGUUGUCAUAGUCGACUCUGUAAUUGUCCAGGAUGAUAGCACGACGGGCGUCGUGCAAGCAGCGGCCGGAGACAUUGAGGUUGAUGUAAAGGCUUUGAGCAACUACGCUUUGAUUUGCGGCUGCACUAAUUCUCUUAUCAAGAACCUAGUCGAAAUCGUGAACGAUCUGGAAGAGAUAAAGAUUCAAAACAAACGGAUGUUGCUCGUCUUCAAAGACGCGAACAAGUCAAAGAUAGACGAAUGCAUGGAUCGACUAUCCGCAGCACUGGAAAGGUUUAGUGUUGCUCAAGACUUGAGAGUCAUCGAUAUGCUUCACAGAAUUCAAGCCCGCCUCGAAAGAAUCCAGAGCCUAACUGAAAAUGUCGCCCAUCGAGUGCAGGACCUAAAUGCCAAGGUCGAUGAUAGAUUUGACGAAAUUAUGGCCACUCUGAAGCAUGCUCAAUCGCAGAACGCUUCUGCUGCUCUUAUCCGCAAGUCUAUGCCCUCGAAACCACGGAUCUUCCAUGCGACGAGUUUAUCGACGAAAUACCUUCACUACUGGUUGACGAUGCGACGUCGCGAGUAUGUCUUCUCGGGCCUGGCGGAAUGGGGAAAACAUUGCUUGCGUUGGCGCUCAUGGAGGCGGCUUGUGUGCAAGAAAAAUUCCCACCUCAAAAUUGUUUUUGGAUCCCUUGUAUUGAAGCAAUAUCGUCGAGCCUCCUUGUGCAGAUCAUACACUCGAGUCUCAGAACCAUGCAAGAUACGAAAUCUCCUCUUGAAGACAUCAUGA